UUACAAACAGAUAAGGAUGGGAUGCUCAUAUUUGGGUGAUGUAACCUAUACGAGUAACACUAUUCUUCUUUAUUUGUCAGUGAUCAAGAAAAAGAUAUACUGUCGUUAGCAAAAUAGUAGUGAAGUUGAUUAAGCAGAUUAUAUCAAAAUAGGAGUAUUAGCCCACAAUUUAGAAGCCGCAAAUGAAAUUCAAAAUGAUUUAGAUGAAAUACAACAUUGGGCAGGUGACAAAUACUUGAUUUUGCAUGCAGGUAGAACAAACACAAAACUAUGCAAAACGGGAAACAGAGAUAGAAGAGACUACUUAUGAAAAAGACAUUGGUGUUUAUGUUGAGCAUUAAGCGAAAUGUUAAGCUGUAUAGUUAAAAACCUACAGUUAAAUCAAAGGAUGUUAUGUUAAAAUUUUACCAUUUUUACAUAAAAUGUUAAAAUAUUUACAAUGCACACUGUAUUUUACUACAAUAGCUCCAGUCCACCACGUUUGGGUGUGUGUGAACCAGCAUUGGUGGGCAUAUUAACUGCAGUGGGCUGUCCGAUCCACAGGGGGGAGUCCUGCUCUCAUUUCACUUAACACUGGUCUGAUAAGCAGCUGUACUCUGGCACGGACUUCGCUUUUUAUACAUGUUAUUGUUUUCAGAUUCACAAGCUUCAGGCAACACCCACAGGACCGACUGGGAGAUCCUCUGAGGAGAGGGAAAGAACUUCCUGCUGUUCAUGGUGUUUUCCCUGGCUGUCCAGGGGCCACUGUCCAACACCCUGCAGAACUUCGACCGGGCAGCGGACAGUGUGGCCUGUGGGGCAGAGCUGGCGAUGAACCAGACCAGGGAGCUGGUACAGAGAGCCACCACACCCCUGCUGCCUGUGUUGAACAAGGUGAAAGCCAUAAUGAGGAAUGCCAGGCACGUGGCUGAUAGGGUGAGCAGGUUCAUCCGGACCCUCAUAGACUCUGUCAGGCAUGUGGCCCGUGUCCUGAGGAAUACCUUUCACUUCCUGGUCAAUAUCGGCGAGGUGUGCAAUGAGGAGCUGGGCACACCCUACAGGAAGUGCAUCAAGAUAUUUGAUGAUGCUCAGAAUAACUGCAUGGAGCUGCUGUCCAUCUUCUCCUUCCUGUGCUACAUCUUGGACAUCUUCAGACCCCUCUGUGGGCUAGCACACAUUGUCCGGUGGUUCUGUGUCAUCCCCUCCUAUGUCAUGAGCUGCGUCAAAGCCAGAAUCUCUUCUCCCACCAUCAGCGCCUUCAAGAAGAUGCAGCAAGAGUUUGAGUUCAACAUCUCAGCCUCGACCCAUUUGGCCACUCACCUUAACAGCAGCCAGUCCAUUCAGCAACUGGCCCACAGCAUCAUGGGAGAUGUGACAGUGGAACUGUACCGCUUCCAGGAGUUUGUGGGCCUUUUUGGCUAUGUGGGUGUUGUCCUGCUGCUGCUCAUGUACUUGCAGGCACUCUUGUACAAGAAUAGGUACCUCUUCCAGGAUGACUUUGACAAUGUGUACAUCACCAGGCAGUUUGUGGAGAUAGACAUGAUGAGGGCGCGUCAGGGCAAGACUACACUGCUUCCUCUCAGCCGUGAGGAAGUCGGGAGCUACAUCACACCCUAUUCCCUCCAUCUGACCAAGAAAGAGAGACAAGCCUAUGCUCUGGACAUUGUCAGCAUCUUCAGACACAUGUUGAUAGGCUUCCUGGUGGUAGUGAUGGACUUUCUCACCUUCUGGGUGCUGGACAUGGUACGACACCUGGCCCAGGGCGAGGUGGUCGCCAGGGCCCCAAUGCUGAUUGCCAUGGAAGUGAAUGGCUCUGGCUACGCCUCUGACAUCUUCAAGGACAUUGUGGCCUCCUUUGACAUCCUACAGAAGACCAACAUCAGUGUCCUCAGCAAGAAGUGCCUGAUUCAGCCUUCCAAGCCUGACUACAUGGGUUACCUGUUCAUAGGGCUUCUCUACGGCCUGUCCUUCUUCAUUGUCAUUGCCGGGAGCUAUGUCACCCGCCUACGGAGAUUCAUCUGCGCCAGUUACUACCCAGAUCGAGAACGGGAGAGGACAUGUUUCCUGUACAACCGGAUCCUAUGUCAGCGUGUGUCCCUGGGCACAGCUCUCCUGCGAUCAGUCCAGAGGAAGUCAGUGGACAAAGGUCAUUCCAGCCUCCUGCUCAUACUGGCUGCCCAUAUCCCAGGAUUCUCUAGGAUAGCAGGGCUCUUGGGGGCGACACAGAGGUGCUGUCUGGCUUGCGGGAAGAUUGCAGAAGGGAUGCUACCCAUGGAGUUUGUCCCCUGUGUCACUCCUCAGUGCAAAGGUCUGUACUGCAGGCAGUGCUUCAGCAGUCUGGACAACAUCUGCUCCUUGUGUAUGAGGCUCCUAACCUUCCCAGAAAACCAUGAAGAAGAGCUGGACUCCAGCGACGAGGAGACAGUAGGGCUGUGGACUUCUGCCCUGAAGAGCCUGAGGCACUCAGAGCUGCAGCACAGGGGCCGCCUGAGGAAGCUUCUGAAACAGAGGAUAAAGCAGGCCCUGAGGAAAAGGAGAGUGGAGUCUGAGAAGGAGGGCCAGCCUAUUGCAGGAGAGCCAUCCUGCCUGGGACAGCAGCAGAGUGAGAGUGACACCAGCAGUAACAUCAGCAGCCAGGAAAGCCACCAUCACAGUGACCUGGACUUCAGCUAUCAAGAGAGGGAAGAGUGGAACAGCUCUGACACCAGUACCCCUAACCCCCAGGCCUUCCUGGAGCACUGCCAGAGCCAAGACCAGGUCAGCCUGUGGGACCUGACCGACAGGUCCACUGGGGACAGUGAGGACAGCCAGAAUGGUCAUCUGCAGAAGGUCACUGCCCUUAACCCUGUAGCACCAGCACUGAGCACCACGUCACAGCCAGUACAGGAGCUGGCUGGGACUCAGGGAAGCUUGCUGGACAGCCCUGAGCCACUGUUGGACACUGGUCCUUAAACACUGCCCAGCAUGAGAGCUGGAGAUUCACAUGGAACAUUACUAACUUCACUAGCAUUAACAGAAACUGUCAAGUCUUUUCAAUAAUGACUAACGGCGUCCAGUAUUCUCCUUUUAUAUUCUCCCAAAGUGAUCAUCCCACAGCACUGUUUCAAUCUCAAAAGCAGGCAGUGAUAAUUUAAAUCCCUUUUACCAGCUCCUCCAAAAAUAAUUUGUAAAUGACAGUGCCAACUGUAUAGAUCUCUGAUUUCUCAUUUGUCUAUACAGUAUAGCCCGAGCAGCUUCUGCAGGAGAUCACUGGUGAGAAGAUUAAUGAUUAAGAGCAGGAGUUUUUAAAGUGGUUUUACUGCAGCCCUACACCCCUUUGGAUCUGAAAAUAUGUUCUCACACCCCUUACAAAAAUUGCUAAAGCAGGUCAGUUUUUUAAACCUGAGAUAUAUCACCACAGACUGAAAGAGAAAGAAUUAUAUAUUUAUU